AUGGACGACACUGCUAUCAAGCCGGCUCUCUAUCCUGCUUUCACUGAGGAAACGGACCUGAAGCCUAGCGUUCAGGUAGGCAGGGAUCACAUUGAUCUCCGUCCACAUGAGUCUUACGAGGGCGCACACAGCUGGGACCCUCUAGCAGAGUGGUCUUCGGAGGAAGAGGCUCGGGUUGUGCGGAAAGUUGAUUUUUAUCUUCUUUCUUGGAUCUGCCUGAUGUUCUUUGGGCUGCAGCUUGAUCGAGGCAAUAUUUCGAACGCUUUGACGGAUAACAUGCUACCGGAUCUGGGUCUGAACACCAAUGACUACAACAAUGGUACCACAGUGCAGCUUCUCUGCUUCCUUGCGGCAGAGUUUCCAGUUCAACUCUUGAUCAAACGCUUUGGCUUCAAGCAAAUUUUGCCCUUGAUGAUGAUGGGAUGGGGUACUGUCUCGUGGGGUCAAGCAUUCAUGACCAACAAGACUGGCUUCUAUAUCACAAGAGCUUUAAUCGGUCUCUUCGAGGGUGGAUUCAUUCCAGGAACGAUCUUGUUCGCGUCUUACUUCUACAAAUCCGCCGAACUAUCGGUACGAUUGGCAUGUUUCUGGUCAACACUCAAUGUCGCCCGUGUAAUCUCUGCUCUUUUGGCAGCGGGUAUCUUGAAGAUGCGCGGUAUCCAUGGUCGUCCUGGAUGGUUCUGGUUGUUCCUGCUUGAAGGUUUAUUGACUUUCAUCAUUGGUCUUGUAAGCUACUUUUACCUGCCUUACUCGCCUACACGAACCAAGAGUGUGUUGUGGCGUAAAGGAUGGUUCAACGAGCGUGAAGAAACCAUUCUCGUCAACCGUAUCCUCAGAGACGAUCCUGCCAAAGGAUUGACAGCGAUCCAAGAACCAGCUACCAUGCGCGACAUCAUCAACACCUGGAAGGAUAGCUCAACAUGGGGUCUAUACCUCAUUGGCCUUAUUGCAUAUAUUCCCGCAGCGCCCGUCUCUGGCUACCUCUCCCUAACGCUAAAACGUCUUGGUUUCUCGACCUUCGACUCGAAUAUGCUCACCAUCCCUUCUGCUGUUCUGCAAAUCAUUCUGAUGCUUGCUCUGGCAUACAGCAGUAACUACUUCCUCGAACGUACAUGGCACUGCAUCUUUGGCGAGUUCUUCAUCAUGCCAUUGCUCAUCGCCCUGCUCGCUCUACCCUCUGGCGGCUACAAUUGGGGCCGCUUCUCCAUCUCAACACUGAUUAGUGGAUAUCCCUACUUCCAUCCCAUCGUUGUAGCAUGGAUCAGUGAAAACACUUUCGACGUCAAGAAACGUGCCAUUUCCGCUGCCACAUACAACGUUAUUGUGCAAAUCGGCUCGGUAAUCAGCUCUCAAAUAUACCGCAAGGACGACAGUCCUUACUACUAUCGCGGCAACAAGGUACUCGUCUCCAUCUGCGCAUUGUCGCUUGUCACUUUCGUUGUGCAGCGCGAGUAUCUGCGAUAUCUGAAUCGCCGCAAGGAGAAGGAGUGGUCUCAGAUGAGCAAGGAGGAGCAGCUGGCUUACCAGUCUGACCAAACGGAGAGAGAGAAGGAUGGCAACAAGAGACUGGACUUCAGAUUCCAGUACUGA